AUGCGUCCCUCGGCGCUUCGGGCGAGGUUUUGGACCUCAGCGCGCCGUCGGCUGGGCUUCCCGCCCGGGGCGGGGGUGGGGGGCGUGGCUUCCGGGGCCACUUCGCGUCACCCCGCCCGCGGUGCUGCCGCGCGGGGGAUGGCGGCGGGCGCGCGGCGGCGGCUCCUCCCGGCCUGGAUGGGGGCGGCGGGGGACGAGCGGGGGGCGGCUGCGCCCCCCAAGGCCGGGCGGCGGCGGGCGGCGGCAGGGCCCAGGGCGGCGGCGGUGGUGGUGUACUGCAUGAACGAGGCGGAGCUGGUGGACGUGGCCCUGGCGGUCCUGGCCGAGAAUCUACAGUGCGAGGAAGGUGAGGAGAAGGCCCGGUCCGGGAGCAAAGAGGAGCAGGAGCUCCAGCCAACACCAAACGAGGCUCCCAGAAGCACAGCCAGCACGGGGGGAGGCAGUGACCGCAGUCCAGCUCUCCCAUCGCCUCCUGACGCUGGUGCCGGUGCUGACGCAGAGAGGACAGGCUGGGAGGACUCUGAGGACGAUGUUCUGAAAUACGUCAGGGAGAUCUUUUUCAGCUAAUGUUGCCUUCUCUGCGGCUUGCCAGGAACAAAGGGGACAGUGAGGAGGGUGUCCCCUCCCACAGCAUUGAGGAUGGUGGGAGGAGGGCCUGGAGUGGGCUGUGUAUCUGCCGUGUUGGUGGCCUAUGGAACUGGUAGGAGGCCCAUGAAGGCCAUGGGGGAAAAGGAAGGCAGCACUCACUUCUCCCAGUGUGCGCUGGGUUCAGUGGGAUUUGGCGCCAGAUUAGGUCAUGUUCAUUUCUGUUUAGCAUCUCAGAGCGUGGACAGAUUAAAGAGGACGUUCGGGUUUCUGUGAGUG